AUGCCAGAUUUGUCUACGAAACCUGAUAAAAAAUGGAAACGAUUCUUGAGAAAUUGGGAGUUUAAGAUUGCAGUGUUUGUGAUUCUCUAUUUUUUGUUUUCGCAUUACGUAUUGGAAAACACACACGUUGUCGGUGAAAGGGGUCUACGCAAUCAUUUGAAAGUGAUCCCGGAGGAAGUUGUCGAUUAUUACGGUAAGCAACCGGUGGAAGGUGCUGAAAAGUUGGCAUAUGCACAAUACGCAACGAACUAUGACUAUCUCAAUUUAGCAAUAAUUAACUUUGCACAUCUUCGAAAAGGGGGCACCAAGAUUCCGAACCUUGUGAUCUUGUAUGACGAAGUGCUCCAGUAUCACUCGGCUCAAAUGUGGAAUAACUUGUAUCAAGUGGCAAAUCACUACAAAAUAACUUUGAGACCCGUGCAUUUGAUCAAAGUCAAUUACGAUGACGACACUCCGUGGGCUGCGUCGUUUACAAAAUUCCACAUCUUCAAUCAAGUGGAUUUCGACAGAAUAGUUUAUUUUGACUCAGACUCAAUGCUUGUGCAUCCGACGUUGGACAAUGGCGAGAUUUCCAGUUCCUAUUCCAACAUUGACGAACUAUUCAAUGUACCAAAGGAGCUUGAAUUUGCCUUGCCACAAGCGUAUUGGCUCAACAAUGUCGUGGAAGGAAAAUCUGCCCUCAAAUACAGGAAGAAGGUGGAGAUUCCUGAUGCCAGAAGAUAUGGGUUGAGGAUGAGGAAGUUGGUGCAUGAUAUCUCCGAGACAGGAGAUUGGAAAUUGCUACCCCUGUUGAUAUUUGAAGCUCAUAAAUUUGAUAAUCCUGACAAUUUUUUUGCCAACCACAUUAUGGUAGUUACUCCUUCAAAAAGUACCUUCGAGGAUUUAAUGAAAUAUGUGCAUAACCCUGUUCGCUGGUCACUAACUAAUAGAAAAAACUUGAGGAAAAAGACAGAUUACGAUAUGGAAAUCUUGAACAAGUACUUAAAUAAUGAGCUAAAGAGUGGCCGCGUUAAUAUAGGAAUCUUGCCGCACCGCGUUUAUGGAGUACUAACCGGUGAGUUCCGAGAGCCUUGGCAUGAACGAUUUGUGGUGCAACCUCAAUACUUGCCAUUUAUUAAGAAACGUUCCAAUCGUGGAUGGGAUGCAAUGAAAACAUUACAGAAAGUGAAACUCAUACACUUUUCGGACAGCCCCAUACCAAAGCCAUGGGAGAUGGAGGAGGGAGACGAAGAGUACGAACAUCCUUAUAGCACCAAGUUGAUCUUUUGCAAGACUGGAAAUAUGUCGGAAUAUCGAGCCAAGUAUUCCCAUUUCAAGCCACGCCUUGUCGAUGACUGUGAUAGUGUUGAAGUUUGGAAUUGGCUUCGGAACCAGUUCAAAAAGGAAAGAGAAGGUAUAUGGUUUAGCGAGUGA